UACACGUCUGCCCAAUCAGAAACGUCGGAAGGAGGAAGCGUGUAGUUCGGCCGGCUGACUAUGCAUGUCCCUCUAAAUUAUUCAACCUUCAUAAGUACUGAUUCAAAUUAAAGUGUCAAACAUGCAGGCAGCAAUGGACAUUACAGCCAAAUUCUGCCAGAAGGAGAUGGAGGAGUACGGAGCCUGCGUGGCCUCUAAUCCGUCAUCGUGGCAAGAGCAGUGUCACCACCUGAAGGUGAAGGUGGCGCAGUGCACCUCCUCUCAUCCGGUGAUUAGGAAGAUCCGGGCAGACUGUGCCGGAGAAUUCGCAGAGUUCGAGCGCUGCCUGAGGGAGAACCAGUCCUCGGCUCAGGCCUGCUCAACACACGUGGCACGCUUUCUGACCUGCGCCAACACGGUGGACAUUAAAGGAUUAGUGAACCCGGAAUCUCAGCCCACAUGAAACCCAACCAGAAACCUUCUUCCAUCACCUCAGGAUUAUGUCAUGGACCUUAUUAACAUAAUACGGUUCUACUUGAGCACAUCUUUUACAUUUUGUAAGAAGUGUCGUGUCUUAGCUGUACAGAGAGACAGCAGUAAGCUGUGAGAUAUUAUGAGUCAGGAAUCGGAUGUCAGUUAUUUGUACACUUCAUGCUUAUAAAAAAUUUUUUUUAGUGAGAAAUCGCAAACCUCCACAUGUUUAAUAAAAGUCGAUCUGUUUUGAACAAACAAAGUGAAGCAUGGUGACGGUAGCAUCAUGUUGAGCGUUAGCCUUGGCUGCUUGCUUGCUUCUCUGAUUAAUAUCCUCUUUACCUCAUCACUGAUGUUUGGUGGACGGCCUCUUCUAGGCAGACUGCAGGGUGUAUGAAAUUUGGGAUGCAUGUUUAUUACUGAACCCUGAUUGUCUUCCUAGACUUGUUUUAAUGCGCACCUAUAAAGGUUUUGAAACGUGCCUAAUUUUGUUUUAAAGUUCUCAUACAAUAGAUUUACACGCAUCUGAGGUCAAAAAACACUUUAACGUGCUCAUAAUUUAAAUUGCAGCAUUACCUUUUCCCCCCAGUGUCAUAAACGACUCGUUAAAUGAUCCGUUCUAAAUGAUUCGUUCUAAACUCCUCCUUUCAGAGAGCAUCCUCUGCUCUGAUUAGUCAGACGUCCCAGUCUGUCGUGAUUGGUCUACCGCUGUCAGCGUGUUUCAAAAAGGAAACGCCCACUACCGUAACGAGUUUCAGCUCCGUCUGUCAGCGAGCGGGCGAUGAAGAACAGAGGCGGGGCUUUUUUGUUAUGAACCUACGUAGGUUAGUACAGGAAGUAAAGUCUGGAAUCACUAACGAGUCGUUCCAGCUGUUCAGAAUCGGUUCCUUCUUUUGGGAGUCGAUAACUCCGUUUGUCGUGCGCUUUGAUUUUUGAAACUUUGCAGACUUUUUACAUUCACAAACAGCUCUAUAACACAUUACAUGAAAGGGAAUGUUUGAAAAACCAUAAUAGCUGCACCUUAAUAGCUCUUUGGUCUUGCCUUUGGGUUCUUCCAGGAACAGAUGUAUUUAUACUGAGAUCGUGUGACUCCUUUCAACUAAUUAUGUCCAGUCUGGUGUCAACUGGUUGCACAAUAACAGGGGUGAAUAUUUAUGCAAACUUCUUUACUUGUAAUUAAGAUUGCAAACUGUAUUUUGUGUAAAUUCAGGACAUUUAAAUCCAUUUCAGUUCUAGGUUGUAAAACUAAAAAUGUGGAGAAGUUCAAGGAGGUGAAUACUUGUGCAAGGCACUGUAUAUAUUGCGUAUAAAAGCUUUUUGUUCAGUGCCUUUGAUCCGAGCAUGCUCUGCCUUUCAUAAAGCCCUCUGUUUGAGUAAUACUUAUAUGAACGUUUUGCGGAGCUUGAAUUCACUGUGUACUGAAAAUGGCUAGAAAUUACAGAGUCCACACAGUCACUCAGGAGUUAUGUAUUUCAGUAUGUUUUAGGAAUAAAUGUAUGGAAAUGCAAUACAUAGCUCCUCUCCAUAUCAUAAUGAAGCUGUGAUAUAGCCGGUGUUUGUUAUAGGAUUUAGAGACGUAAAGGUCUGAUUUAGUCAUUUUUCUUGUCCGUGCUGUUUAAAGACAUGACGGUUAAUCUUUAUCGAGCUUCGCAAAAUAUUUAUUCUAAGCUGUGAGGGUUGGAUGUUGAGUAUUUUCACCCCGGUUCCUCAUGGUUCGUCUCUUUUUUUCUCCCGCCUGAAUCACUGUAUAAUAUUAAACUAAGGAAUGUGUGCCGUCUCUCCCUCAUACCGUGUCUAGCUACCCGCUGGCAGAAGAAUAAAAAGAGUGAAAGAGGGGGAGAUCUGAUGGGUUAGCACAUGCCUUUGACCACUGACGGGAUUUGUGGGAGGACAGGAACACACUGACUAACAUGCCUGACAGGAUUGUUUGUGUUAUUUUCCCCCGAUUAUCGGCUCAGUCACUAGGAGCAAAGAGCAGCCAUAUGUGACCUUCCUCUAGGCCAUUUUCUUUUUUGUUUUUCUUUUGUAAUAUAUUUUAACCUGAUGACAAUCCCAGAUCUAAGACACACUAUUACAAAAUUCUUGAGGGGUGCCAAUAAUUUUACUACAUAUGUUUUUUUGUUGUUUCAUUCAAUUGAAAUGUAAAAAAACAAACAUUUUGCAUAAUGAUCCUAGAAGACAUGAUAUAAAAUUCUUAAAGGGGUGCCAAUAAUUUUGUUACCUGUGCUGUUUGUCACCAACGUAGUAGUUUCUCUAGUUGUUUUUUUUUAAAUAAUUGUGCAUAAUGUUUGCAUAACCUUUUCUUAAUUUUUUUUACCUAACAAAAAUCCCAGAUCUCAGAAAACACAAUAAUGUAACAUUCUUAAGGGGUGCCAAUAAUUUUGCUACAUAGGAGUUUUUUUUGUUAUAGUAACAGUAAAUAUUUUCUCCACCUGCUUUAGAGGAAACGUGUUAAUCGUGUGUAACUGUGUUAUUUUUAAUCUGGCAGUAUUCACAGAUUUAAAAAAAAAAAAAAGAUAUGCUGGUUUAAAGUCAUUUUUGGCUGAAAACCAUCCCAGAUCCUAGAAGACACAAUAACGUAAAGUUCUCAAGGGGUGCCAAUAAUUUGGCUACAUUGAAGGUUUUUGUUACAGUAAUGGUAAAUAUUUUCUCAAUUUUAUUUUUUGUGUGUGUAAUUGUGUCGUUUUCUUUUUUAUCUGACAACAAUCACGUAUCAAAGAUACACUGUUUUCGAGUUCUUAGGGGGUGCCAAUAAUUUUGCGACAUAUCGGUUUGCCUUAGUAGUUUCUUCGGUUGUUUUAAACAAAAAAUGUGAAUAACUGUGCGUACUUAUUUUUCCAUUCAUACUUGAAAAACUAGGAAGACAUGAGGAUUUAAAGUUUUAAGGGGUGCCAAUAAUUUUGCUACAUAGAGUUUUCAUUACAAUAAAGUUAAGUGGCUCCUUCAAUUGUUUUAGAGAGAGUUUUGUAUAAUGUUUACCUGACUACUAUCCCAGAUCAAAUGAUUUGUGCUGCUUUUUUCCUCCCCGGUAAAUAAAAGUUGUUCCUUCAUUUGAAUAUA